ACUGUCAAUUCUUAACCAAAGAUAAUCUUGGGCUGUCAAGUGAAGCGAAUUAUGAAGUGUCGAAAAUGCAGAGCUGUAUUGUACGAAAACGAAUUCGUUUUCGAUGGACAUGGAGCAAAAAUAAAUAAAAAUAGUGAAUCAAACUGCAAAACAGCUCUUGACAGAUUUUGUUUUCAUGAAGAAAAUCUUCCAAGUUGGAUGCUUUCUGCUAUUGAAACUUCCCAGUGGACUAAAGGAAAAAUUAACUGCCCAAAAUGUGGCAUUAAAAUAGGUUCAUUUGAUUUUGUAUCAGGAAAUAAAUGUGAAUGUGCUGAAUAUGUAAUACCUCCAAUUUAUGUUAUUAAAAGCAAAACAGAUAUAUUAUUGAAGUAA